UCAAAUUUUGAUUCCAUGCUUGAAUUUUGUCAUUAAAAAAGUAAGUUAAACUUUAUUUUUUAAUUAUAAAAUGGAAGAAAUAAUUUUAAACUUUUUAUUUAUUUUGAUAAUAUCUAUACCCGGUAUAAUAUACACUGAAAGAAUAUACUAUCCAACUUUACCGUUUGGUGAGUACAAGGUAAAAUUUAAAGCUGUGUUUCAAUGCGACGACAAAAUUGAUUAUUUAAUAAAAACUAACGUUCAUUUACACAGAGCUACAAAAACAAAAACAGAAAUAAGAGGGAAUAUUACAAUGGACGUACCUUUUGACGAUUCUAUAAAGCUUAAAUUUAAUAUGGCCAUACUGGAUAGAAUAGGAGGAUGGAAAGAUAAUGCAUAUGUUUUCAACACGACAAACGGAUGCACAACUUUGAAGACUUUUUUUAGAAAAGAAUUUUGGACUUCUUAUACCAAUAAUAAUAACAAUACCAGUGUAUUAGAAUGCCCAGUACCUUCAGGGUUUUAUGAGAUGGACGGAUUGGAUUUAACAUUGGUACAAAAACUGAAUAUUCCUAAGAAAUUUUUCUAUGGUACAUAUAAAUUGUAUUUAUACUAUACGGAUGAAAACGAUACAACUAUUGGAUGUACCGUGUUUGUUUUUGAAAUAUUGAGACCGUGGGAAGUAUUGGCGAAAUAAAUUAUCUAUAUACUUUUUAUGAAAUGUAAAAUUUGGACGUAUAACUUUAAA